GAAGUCAAAUUUUGAAAAAGCAAUGAGUCAGGAGUAGUUUAAAGCUUAUCUACCCACACACUUCCUCUAAUCAAAAAUUGAAAGUCAAGCAAAAGUAUCUUGAAUGUAAUUAAUAUUUUUCCUCUGAUAUGAAUUUUUUUUUCCUUUGAAUGUAUUAUUUGAUACUUCCGAUCUAAUUUUAAACCCAGAUGUCGACACUGCUGUCGUUUCAUGGUGCUGAGUCGACGGUUCAAUUAGAGCGCGCACUUUGAAUUUUUGAUCCUGCAGUGCAGAUACAUCCAUCGUUUUUUCUGUCCAGUACUGUUGUUGCCAAAAAGACGCUGCCAUUGUAAUUUUUUCAUCCAGAAUUUUGAGGUCCUUCCUGAGAUAUUAUGCAGGUAUAUAUCUCCAGCUGACAACACACGUAAGGGCUUCAAAGAGAUCCUUUCACACAUCCAUGUUGGGAUGAAAGUUUUCAACCAUUUUACAUUAUGCAAUUUCUCAAGGUUGGAUGAAGUUCAUGUUGCUGGGUUUUGGUAUGCAAUUAUCAUCAAACUCAUCAUUGUUUGAAAAGUAUUCAGUUGACUUUUCAACAAAAACGUCAACAACCACAUUAAUUAUUCUGCUGUAUCUGGGCAUUUCAUGGUUCUCUGGCUUUGUAAUAGAUACAUCUCAACAAUGUUAUCCAUUAUUCAUCAUGUAUACGGAAUUUAAAGCGAAUAAUUUUAAUGAAAGAUUAAAGGUAAUUGAUAAUUAUUCGCACAUUGGAGCGUUGCGUCACCAUUGCAUCACUCAUUGCAGGUGGAAAUAGCGGGCAUUUUUAGGAAUGAUAGACUAAAUAUGCAUUCUUUGACGGCCUUUUAAAUUAUUCCACAAGGAGUUCGAGUCGUUGCAGAGUAAGUAUUCGGUGGAAAAAUCAUUUUGAUGUGCAUUUUGUUGAUCUUUUUUCUCCAUGAUAUUUUCAAUCAUUUUACUGAGUUUGGAUUUGAGUUGCACAUCCAAUCUCUGCAAAAUGAGCUUCAUCCCAGAAAAUUUCAAAAUCUAAAAUUGGCUGGAGGCUUCUUCGGAUAUCUUGCCAAUACCAAUGUGCAAGUGAAUUUCGUCAAACUUGUUGUAUGCUGCUAUUAUCUGAGGAUGCAUUUUUGAGGCACUGUUGUAUAAGAUACUUUUGAUCUCAAUAAGAAUACCGCAGUUAUUGUGGAUGGAAACAUCUCAAUGGCAGCGUCAGGUUAGCUACAUAUGAAAGGACGGAAAAAGCGAAGUGCGCAUCUACACGCGUAAUUAAUAAUUCAAACUGCGCGCCACAACUCAGCAACACGGUGCGAGGCAGCAGUGCCAACCUCCGGGUUUUAGAGGUUUGCAGUAAUCAAAAAUAUUUAUGGGAGAAAAAAAUAUAAAUCGAGGAGAAGAAUGUGCAUCAAAUAAGGAAAAAUAUAUCGAAGAGAAAAAAAUUAUUCCUUCAUCAAAAAUAUUUCCCCGUUGGUUUCUGGUACGCGGUCACAACGCCACAAUGGGUCUAUCAGGUUGCUGACCCUUCCUGUAGGUACAUAAUUACAUAUCUUGCGUCAAUUUUAUCCAUAAUGAUUUUAUCAAGGUCGCUCAGUCAUCUGUGUUUGUUCGGUCGUUUCUGUUGAUCAUUUCUUGCUCAGCUUUCCACUUUUAGCAUUUUGUGUUCGUAAAACAUUUCGUAUUUGCUGUAGCAUUUUGUUUUAAACUACUAAUUAUGAACCCUAAACUAUCCGUCACACGACUCGUGUUCAACUAGUGGUGGUGAAGUGAAAGUAAGGUUAGCUUGGUUGUAAUGCUAAAUUUUGCCUGUUUUCCUCCUGGAACAAGGAAAACUUGGUAAAUAUUCCACUUUUCUUCAAAUCCUUGUACUUUUGAAACCUGACAAUGAUUGCCAGGAAGAACAUUAAUCGGCAGUUAGAAAGCCUCAGGAAUAAUCUGAGUACUCGUGUUUCUGAUGAAUCAUACAAUGUUUUGCUCACUAGAACUGUCAGGAUUCAUGCCUCCUACUUGUUUCACCCAGCUGGCCAAAGGGUUCUUCAGGAUAUUUGCUCCACCAUAAGUUCAACUGGAGCAAACUCUCAAAUCAAUGGAUGGAAAGAUCUAGCUAGUUACUUAGGGCUCAGUUUUCAUCAGAUAGGAUGCAUCGAAAAUUAUCGUUACAUUGACAGCACCGAGUUGGUUUUGAUGGCCUUUGCGCAAGGUGAAAAUGCCAGCUUAAGUGAAGUUUUGAACAACUUGCUCCACAUUCAACGACCUGAUGCUGUCACCAAAGCCCAAAUUUCCAUCACUAAAAUGGUGGAUGCAGUUUUUAUAUUACACAACCAAAAUUCCCACGAAUGUACUCAAAAUAAUGAAAUCACCCGCUGUGGCGAAUUUUUACUCAGACCCAACAAUUACUCUCGGAUCAAACAAGAACUACCUAUUACUUUGCGAGAGCUAAGUGUUACUGAAAUGCCAACCCCGGUGGUUGUCAAGUCUCCGCAGCCAAUCAUUGUACCAUCGAUUCAGUCAGUUGCGCUGUGCCAACGUUCGGCUCCAAAACCUCAGUCUAAUAGUAAUUUGCUCAACACCAACAUCAAACAACCCAGCAGGAAAAUGAGAACUGUUAUGUUAACGUUUGCUGAUGAUGGCAAAGAAGUUGCACUCAGGAUUGCACAGCGACUACGCGAGAACCGCUCCGAGUCAUUCCCAGUGGGAGUUUUAAUUCUUGACGAACAAGAAAAAUUUGUCAGUGCUAAUCCUGAGCUAUUCAUAAUGCGUUGUUUCUCGCAGACGGACUAUGUGGUACCUAUUAUCACUCCAGACUACUUGAGAAUGGUGAAUUCAGGACCUUCAGUAUUAUCUCAAAGUGCACUCAGUAGUUGGGACAACCGCUAUGUAAGCUUUAUUCAUGAUUUAAUGAUGAAAUAUUACAUUGACAAUCAGUGUCGUAACUUGAAAAUUAGGUGCAUUGUGCCUCAGUCACAUGGGGGGAAAUUGGUAUUCAACAGUAACAUUUUAAGGAAUGAUCCAACUUUGAGGGUUUGGAUAAAUGAAGAAGAAGUUGAUAAUUUUGUAUCCCGCAUCUCUAUUAAAAAACCUUGAAGUGCAAGUUUGAUAGGUCAAGCAAUUGAUCAGCAAGAAUUAAAGCUGCAUUUAAGUAUACAUUACUUAAAACCAAGCAUUCUAUGUUUGGAAGGCCUUUGAGAUGAGGAGUUAACAUUCUUGAGAACCUUUACAGAACUUGUGUGAAUGUACAGAUCUAUCACAUGGGGAUACCAUUAAUGGUGCAGUUGCAUAUCUUCAUCAUUUAAGCAUAUUAUUAUUGAUUUCGUAAUAGCAUUAUUUUAAGGAAAUUACCUAUUACUAGUUUGGUAAUGCGACACUAAGCAUUCAGCAUGCAUGAAUCACCACAGUACACACCCCUGAGAUUUAGCUAAUAUUCUGAUCAACUGCUCACCUACACUUAGCUCCAAGAUUUUUAAUUGUGCAUUGUUUUUUCAGUCAAAUCAGAAUUACACUGAACAAAAUGGUCAGAAAAUGAAUAUUUUCAAUUAAAGAAAAAUUGUAUUUGAUGUAAAGACAUUUUCUUACCUAACUGAAUGAAAUGUUCUGCAAUUCAAAUGACUUUUUAAUCUAAAGUAGGUAAUGUUAAUUUGUCGUCAAAUAACAUAUUCUUUGAAAUAAAAAAAUAUUUAUUUCAUUCUAGGUAGGUAAUUAAAGAAAAUUUCUUUGACUCAAGAAAGAAAAAAAAAAUCAUCAAAUAAAAAAGAAUGUCUUUAAAUCAAAUACAUUUUUUUAAAAUUGAAAACACCUUUUAUAACUAGUCUUUUAGUGUACCUCAAACAUGUUAUUCAAAAUCUAUGAUGUACAACUAAGCACCUUCUCAUUUUCCUUUUUUCUUUAGGAAAAUAUUUUCCUAACUUAGGUACUUAUCAAUAAACGCAACUUGCUAACGUUUAAUGGUUUUUUUCAAGCCAGCUGACGACAAUUAGAUAAAAAAUAUACGUUGCCAUUUUGUUUUCUUAACUCUUUUUCGGUCAGUAAGGGUAAUAUCUAGUGCAAUAGGUAUGGAAGUAAGUGAAGGUACUUUAGUCAUAAUUAUUUUUUUUUCUUCUUGUUUUGGUGAAAGUUAUUGGAAAUAUUUUAGAAAACUUAUUUUCUCAGCUAUUUAACUUUUGGUUCAUCAAUUUUCUAUCACCAACUCCAAGGCUCUUACGAAUUCACGGGUAUGCUAUCAGAGCUAACAUAGUUUUUGUUGUUCUUUUUUCUUUUUUCCGUAGGCGUCACUCAACAAAACAAAAAAAAGAAAAAGGGGAAAACAAAAACACGCUGAUAACUGGAAAUAAAGCUGAAAUUGUAAAGUUCUAUUCACCGAUUCAGUCUGAUAGUAUCCCUGUAUCUGAAUCUCCCUCUUUAAAAUCUCCCUUCACUUUUGUUUUAAAGUGUUGGAAUCUUUCCCAACAUGUCUCUACUCCACGGCUGGUGCUUUGUUCAUCGUAAAAGAGUCAAAAACCUCUCUUCAAAUUUUUUUCUGUCAGUCUUUUUUCCCCCAAAAUUAUCCAACUCGCAACAUUCCAACCAUUACUGCAUCACAGGUUACUAUGUAGUUGAGAUCAUAUUUGAGUUGAGGUAAACUUUCUUCUAUCUUACAGAGCCAGAUUAUUGCAGAACAUUUUUAGAUAGAAGUGUUAUAUGUUUCCUUUGCAGGUGCUGCGAAAGAUUUUAUUACUUUCAUCAAGUACCUUAUAGAAAAUCUUCAGUCAAAGCGUUUUUCUUUUGUUUUUUUAUGGUUUAUUUUAUAGUGCAUUUUUGUUUUAUUAAUAAAAUCAUCAGGCCUUUUUUAUCAUGAACUGAAACAGUUCGUGUCAUUUUGUCUUUUCUUAGGUAUUUUUACAACUCAGGAGUAGAUACUUAGUUUUAUACAGACAAAAAAUUUACAUUAAAAAAAUGUCUGUUUCUUUUUUAAAAAGCUACCUUACUAGCUUAGCUCUAAAAAUUUCAUAUCAAUUGUUUUUAGAAGAUCAUUGUAUCACGAACUUGUUCGAUUUCAACACACGAAAAUUUUUGUACUUACAGUUCUUUUGUUCAUUUCUUUCCUUUCAUCUACCAACUGUAAAGUUCAUGAAAAAAUAUAUCUAUAUUUAUCUA